AUGUACCCGUCUCCAACCUCGGCCGAUAGGUCGGAGGAUGACGCAGGGCCGUUCAAGAAGCGCACUGCGAGAGCCUGCGAUUCAUGUUAUAAACGAAAGAUCAAAUGUGACGCUGCGGUGCCACAAUGUAACUGGUGUAGCCACCAUAAUAUUCCUUGUACCUUUGAUCGGGUAGUCCGGAGAAAAAGGAAAGAUAAGAACAAUGCAAACAACCCACAAAAAUCAGACCGCUUGGCAGAACGCAUUGAGAGGAUAGAGAAACUACUAACGGACGGCUUGUUGCGAGAAAAUACUCCCCGUGAACCCCCAGCGAGCUCUGCCCCUAGCAACUCCCCACUGUCUUUACCUCCUACUACUCCAUCCCCAGGCAAUCCGUCUGUCUCCUCAUCUGUACCUCUUCAUUUCGCUGGACGAGAGUUCGGUGUGGUCAGUCUUAUCACUGGAAUCCCGUUCUUGCUCCCAGAGGGACGACAAUGGGUAGAAUCGCGGACUGGCCAGAAAAUUUCCUUUGAUAAGCUUUGUCCAUCGAAGCCGCCGUGGGAAAAGCAACGGGCGCUGAGCUCCAACGCAUUGUUGACGAGCCUGCAGUCCCACAAUGUCUUCGAGCUUCCCGACCGUCAUGUCGUGGAAUCCCGAUUUGAUGCAUACCGCUGGUCUUUGAUGCAGCGAGUAUUCCCCGUUCUAGACUGCGUCUUGUUUAUAGAUACCAUCAAUGCCGCGUAUCGGAGCGAAUGCUUAGGUGGUCACUCCGCGCCAGCGAGUGUGCGGGCCUGCGUGUUUGCUUUCAUUGCUUUCUCAACCUUUAUUCAAAAUCCUUGCUUCAACCCCCAGGGUAAGGAAUUACCAUCUGUUGACGGGGAACAAAACAUCCUAAAGGUACAACAUCUUUUACCGCAAAUCUUGCAGGAGCCCACUUCUAGAGAGGGCUUGGAGGCACUCACAAUGUUGGCUCUCUGUGAAUUAGUCGCCGGAAAUCUGCAAUCGGCCAACUAUUACGGGUCUCUGGCAGCUCGAAUGAUCUUCAUGCUCGGCAGUCAUGCUCCCCCGUGCCCGCAAACUGCCUUAGGGCGGUUGGUCGACACCAAGACCCGAGUGCAACACCAGUUGCGGAAUUUAUUCUGGGUGUGCUAUACCAUUGAAAAAGAUGUCUGCCUUCGGACCGGUCAACCCCAGCUAUUCACAGACGAGAACUGCGACCUCACACUGCCGUACGGCUACGUUGAAAAGCUAUACAGCAGUAUGGAAUACCACCAUCACUCGAUGGAAAUUCCCGAAAGUCCAAUAUUCCCCGUCGACCUACGUCUAAGUAUCAUCAAAUCCAGAGCUUACAGCGCGCUUUACUCCUUCCGGUCCCUCAAAAAGACCGAUGCCGAACUCCUGAAAGAAAUUCGCGAACUGGAUGACGAGCUCGAGCGAUGGCGUAUGUCUGUUCCCCAAGAGUGGCGGCCAACGCUAUCGUUCUCUCACGAGACCCCCGACCCAAACGUCAGCAUGCAUUCGGUUAUGCUCCGCCUUAACUAUCAUCUCUGCAUGACUAUCAUCCACCAGGCCAGCAGUCGCUGCAAAUCCUGGGGCAACCGGCAAGGCGGCAUGAUGGACGGCGUUAGUUCAAGUCUGGCACUGUCCGUUGAAGCUAGCCGUUCGACGUUGUUAUACCUCGAGGCAGCAGAGCAUGUCCUUGUCGAUGGUAUUUUCUGGACAUUAAUUUUCUACCCCAUGUCCGCCGUCCUCGCUAUUUUUUGCAACAUCUUACAAAACCCGUCAGACCCACAAGCGACCAAAGAUCUGGGCCUUCUCAAAACCUCAACUAGCAUGAUGGAGCGCAUGAUCCUGAAACAAUCGUAUUCGUUUACUGAGAUUGUGCAUAUCAAACUGGUGGCCGAUUUCGUGAUCGAGCUGUAUCGACUUGCGAAUUGUGCUAUUGAGAAGGCGUGGAAUGAGCAGUCUGUCUGA